UGGCCUCUGCAGUGCAGAGCAGAGGGAAGGGUCCCUUCCCUCCACCAGCUGCGACACUGCUCCCAGUGCAGCCCAGUACACUGUUCUCCUCCUUUGCUGCAGGAGCACAUUGCUGGCUCAUGGGCAUCCCGUGUCCCCCAGGAUUCCCAUGGCCUUUCCUGCCAGCUGCCUCCCAGCUGGAUGGUUCCCAGCAUGUACCAGUGCAGGUUUCAGGAAUAUUUAAAAAUCCAAGAAACCACAAAGCCAAUACACGUUAAUAUUGUUUGAAUUAGUAUUAUUUUAAGCCAAUUUUGUGAUGAAAAGAAACACCUCUUUUGAUCAGAUUGUGCUUUAUAAAGCACUGACAGGGCCGUGCAUCAGCUCUGUGCUGGAAGCUGCUUUUCUUCAUGCUCUUCUGUGGCCUGUUGCACGCAGUGUAUCCCUUCUCUCCAAACAGUGGAUCGUUCCCUGACUUUGCCAUGGUUUUGGGAGAGGGUGGGUGUGAGACUGCGGCAGAGCUGGAGGCUCAUGUGUACAUAUGUUAUUCAAGUGUAUAGCAGCCAUAGAAGUGCUCUCUAAGCCCCUGGGUUGCUGGUCCAGAGCGUGGCUGUGCCAACACUCAACAUUCCCUGUUUGAUGAGCUAAAGCCUUGUGAGCAGCAGAACCAGUGCUUCUAGUUGCCUUAAAAAUGUGUGUUUUGCGGCCAGUUUCCUUUGCGCGUGUGAAUGUGUGUGCACAGACUGGUGUCAUCCAGCCACUCUCAGGUGCUCAAGAAGGUCAGCCUGUGCUCCAUGCUUGUGCCCUUCUCUCUCAGGUGAGGGGCCAUGCAGGGACCCCAUUCUCUGUGCCAGUGUUUCGUUUCCCAGACGUGAAGGUUUGUCUCUGACUGGACCACUGUUCCAGAGACAUCUAAUCCUACUGUCAGAACUGACUGGAAUAGGCUGACAGGGUCUGACUGCAGACAGAUGCCAUAUGCACGGCCAUACUCAUACAUGGAGGACAGGAUUGCAGGAACUGCUUCACCAGAGCAAAGCAGGAGAGAGCAGAGCACUUCUGGAUGACAGCUGUCUUGGAAAAUUCCACCUUCAUGUUGUGGUGCUCUGUGGAGGGACCACCGGUCAGUGUGUGUGCAUGUGGCCAGGGUUUCCUGGGGUGGCUUUUCUCCCUUCUGGCUUCUCCCUAGUGGGAGCCCCAUGUCCUUGGCUGUGCCUCAGCAGAAGGUAGAAGGGGUGGGUGUGUGGAGUCCUUGUGGAAUGACUGGCUAGCUGGCUGGGGCGUGGGGCUCACCUGCACCCUCUGUAACACAUAUGGAGUUACGCCCAAUACAAGAAAAAGGGAGAACUUUAGGACUCACAUUUAAGACCAAAAUAGCUGCAGCUGCACAGUUGCUCUUUUAAAAGCUGGUUAGUGGGAUUUUUGAAGGCUGCAAAGUAUUGGCUUCAUUCUCGUCUUGUCCAGGUGAGCAGAGUUUUAUCGGACGUCACUGGGGCAUGUGUAAGCCAAAAGCUUUUUAAGAUCCCAGCUAAAUAAAAUAAAUAAAUAAAGUUUCUGUUCAUUGUCUAGAGCAGCCAGCAGAAAGAGUCAUAGAAUAUCCUGAGCACAAGGAUCAUCGAGUCGAACCUCUGGCCCUGCACAGGACACCCCAACAAUCCCAUCAUAUCCCUGGGAGUGUUGUCCAAAUACUCCUUGAGCUUUGGAAGCCUUGGGGCCAUGACCACUGCCCUGGAGAGCCUGUUCCAGUGCCCAACCACCUAGGGGCAAAUUAGUAAAGGGGAAGAACCUUUUCCUAACAUCCAAGGGAACGUGUUAGUUUUAUUUGCUAAUUAUUGUGCUAAUUUGCAGGAUUCCAUUCCGGUAGGUUUUCAAGACUGAGCUGGAUAAAGCCCUGAACAGCCUGGUCUGAUCACAUAGCUGACCCUGCUGGGAGCAGAAGCUUGAACUAGAGACCUCCUGAGGUUCCUGAAUUACCCUGUGGUAAUAUAGGUCAUUCCAGGGCUUGCAGCAGAUCUCUUGAAGUGAUCUCUGGGGCGGUGGUACCUGCCUGUGCUCUGUCUCCAAGGGCUGAAGCCACCAGAGUUGUCUCAGCUGGGGGCACCCUCUGCAUGACACCUUUUCUGCUCUCAGGAGUAGGGUUAUCCAAAGGGACGUGUGCCAGUGCCUUUCUUCUUCUGUGACAGUGAUGCUCAGACAGAUCACAGCUGUGGCCAGAUACUUAUUCUUUUCUCCUUUUUUCCAUAUGCAAUACUUCUGACCUGGGAUACUUUACAACAGGAUAGGCUUCCAGAGAUUUUUAUACCAGGUUUUAAAAACUGUGAGCUGCAAACAGUAUCUCCAAUCCUGAUUCACAUUGCUGCAGGUGGGGAUGGAACUCUACAGCCCAGCUGUCAUGUCAUGCCCACACCUGUCCUACCAGCAGGAGUCCAGUGCUCUGGCCAGAGAUGCUGGGGAAAGCAUGGACACCACUGCAGAGGGGCAGAUAAGAGGAACAGGAGGGACAGUUUGCGGUAGAAUGAUGGCAUCAGUAAGGCUUGAGAAGACCUCUAAGAUCACUGAGUCUAACUGUAGGGCAAGGCCAUGGACUGGAUGGGCUUCUCUGCCACCCUCAGGCUGCUUGGAGGGCUCCUGACCCUCUGAGCUGGGCUGCCCAGUGUGGUGCAGUGCUGGGACUUGCACCUUUGGUGCAGUGAGGCCUUUCCCAGGAGGUUGUUGGAGGAGGGAUUGUCUGGAGUUUAAGUCCUAAAUCUCAGUUGUUUAGUUCUUCCACUUUAGGAAUAGCACUGCAAUCUAUAAUCCAGAUUCAUUCUGUUCACCCCAAACUCCUAAGGCAUGAGAGAACCAGUCCUGACAGCAUUGGCACAGCCCCAUAAGGUUUCAGAGAGUGUGAAACACGUGACAAUUACUGCAGGGCACUUCCUGUGCAAGUAUUUGCUAUUGUGUCAUAGGUUUCUGGAUGGAGAUGAGUUGGAGCAUCAUCCAGUCUGAGAACUGGACCUAGUUAUUUUUCUUCCUUCCUAGGCAUUUCUAGUACCAAUUUCUGUUUAAGUUAAAAAAAGAGAGCCAGCAGCUCACACAAAAUGAUGAGUUAUCCUUGAAACAUUUAACCCAAGUGAUGAAUAAAAGAUUGAUUGGAUUUAAGUGCCUAAGAAAACAGAUUCCUAGUGGUUAUUAGGAAGCAUCAGAACAGGUUGACUGCCAAAUUCAUUUUGGCUUUCAGUUGGAAUCUGGUGUCCAGCUGAGUUGCUCAGUUUCUUCAGGUCUCCUGAUGCUUAACAGUGCUUUUCUGUUCCAGAAAGGCCUGGAAGGUCUAUGCUGUCUGUCAGCUGAGAAUCAGGUGUUUGUGGUCACAAACCUGGCAGCACUGGGAGAGGGAAGACAAGUUAGAUUUUCCCCUCAUGUGAGCAUACCAUCCACUCUCUACCCUCAGGUUGGUGACACUUUUAUCAUAAUGUCUCAGGUUUUAAAAUUCCAGACUUAACCCCAUGUCACCAAAGUGAUUAUCUUCUUUUCCACAUAUCUUCUUCCCUUUCAAAAUGAAAUUGCAUCAAAAGGAACCAAGAAAUGGCCAUAGUCCCCUCUGUAGCCCUCUGUAGUCUCAUAGCAGCCCUGCCUCCAUCCUGGCAGCAAGGGCUUUGAAGAAGGUGUGGGAAACAGGGCAGAUCCAAAAUUCUUCCCUCACCCAGCAUCCUCAGACUUCAAGAGUCUCUAGGACACCGGCAUCAUCAUUUUCAGUGAGAGUGGCAUGGAGAGAUCUGCCUUCCCUGAGCACAUCUGGGAAUGCUGCUGGGCUUUUGCCUGGCCACGCAUGUCCGUUGCAUUGUUCACUAGGGCAGCCCCGAGAGCCCUCCCUCACCGAGGUGCCCUGGACACCAGGAGGCAACACUGUCCAUCCCUUGGGCUUACAGGCAGGCCCUGAUCUGGGGACAUCCUGGUGCAGGCACCUUCCUGCCUGCUGGGACACAGCAGGGGCCAGCUGCUCCCCAGCAACAGGGAACCAAGGAAGGCAGCUGGAGGGGCACUGUGGCCAUGUCCCUUGGAGCUCAGGCAAGACCUGAGAUCAAGCCAGGAUUCCAGCCAGGAGGUCAGUCCCACUGCUGCCAGAUCUGCUGGAGACUGCACUGCUGCAACAUGGAGCACCUGGGCCCAUGGGUGGGAGUCCCAGGGGAGGCUGAUCACAGCCAGUAAGACUCAAUAGUGCCCUCAGGGCCUUGACACUUGCCUACUCCUUGAAGCUCAUGGCUAAAGAGGUUGAAUAUCACCAGUCCUGUGAGAAACUGCAUGCAGCAGACAUCAAGUUCCCCCCACUCACCCCUGUCCCCGCCCCCCAUCAAAUCCUGGCACUUGUGAAAUUCUCUCUUGCAGGCAAUUAAAAGAUCAAGGGUGUGACCAUUAUGCACAUGAAGGAGAAAAGGUCCCACUGUUAACUGUGGAACACUUUGACCUUCCUAGUUAGAGGAUGAUUUUACAGCAUUAGACAUUAGAACCUUCAAAAUAAGUGUAUCUUUCAUAGAACAACAGAGCGUUUUGGGAUGAAAAGGACCUUAAAACUCAUCUCAUUCCACUCUUGAUCCAGGAGAGCUGGAAGGGGAACUUCAUGGACCUCUGCCUGCUCCAGGGUAGCAUUUACCAGCCCUCAGUCACAGUCUGCAUUGGAGUAGUGUAGGCCCCUGAAGGAGCCAGGAGCAUCUUUUGGAACUGCCAUCUCAUACCAUCUUAUGGUGGUGCCAGUGCCUCACUCUGUGCCCAGGCAAGGUGAUGGACAGCAGGGCAGAGAUGGAGGUGGUGAGGAGCACGAAGGGCAAUGCUGCUGGGGAGGUCAGUGUCCAUGUGGUCACCACCGAAAGCACUGUGCAGAGCACCCACCUGCCAGCCACUGCCUUCAUCAUACCAGCAAAUGCCACUACCAUCAGCCUUCCCACGAGCACCUUAGAAAUCCAACGAUUCCCCCGGGAACCACAGAGAAGCACAGGGGCCGAGAGGCCAGAGAGGGGAACAGGGAAUGAGCCCAUCACAGCUACUGUCAUUCCCCAGAUCAGCGGGGUGCAGACCUGCAGCACAGUCCGUGUGCUGGAGUGGAAAGAUGGGUUGGCUACUUUGCCUGGGAGUAACCUGCGGUUUCGAAUAAAUGAGUAUGGGGCACUGAAGGUGGUGAGUGCUGAUAAGAUACCUCCAGUGGAAGCUGUAAAGGAGGGUCACACAGAAAAAGAUGGGGACUCAGAGGUGGCACCCACCAGCAGAGACAAUCCUACUGUGGCUAAUGAUGUGCCAGAGCAGAGCAAGCUGCCCACAGCAGAAAGCAUGUGCCACUGCAAUACCUGUGGCCGGAGACACGUGUGGGAUGGGGCCCGGGAAGGCAGGGGCUUCUGCAGCGAGCACUGUCACCAGCAGUUCAAAGAGAGGUCUGUCAUUGUGGAAAACUCUGCCAGCAGCGCCAGUGCCACCGAAAUCCUCAAGCCUGUGAAGAAAAGAAAGAGGAAGGACUAUCAGAGCCCUUCAGAGGAAGAAUAUGAAUCUGAGCAAAUGGAGGAAAAACAGGAUGAGAGGAAAAACUCUGUGGGAGACUCUGUCUUGAGCAAUCUGGAGGCUGAGGCAUGGAAUGGGAGCCAGCACGGUGCCAGUGAGGAGAAGAAAGAAGGCUGGUCUUGGGCGUCCUACUUGGAGGAGCAGAAAGCUGUCGCUGCCCCUUUAGAUCUCUUCCGGGAUUACCAAGUAGCUUCCCAGCACAAGAAUGGCUUUAAAGUGGGGAUGAAGCUGGAGGGGAUUGACCCACAGCACCCAUCUAUGUACUUCAUCCUGACCGUGGCUGAGGUAUGUGGUUACCGGAUGCGCCUCCACUUUGAUGGCUACUCUGAGUGCCAUGAUUUCUGGCUGAAUGCUGACUCCCCCGACAUCCAUCCUGCUGGUUGGUUUGAGGAGACAGGGCACAAACUCCAGCCCCCCAAAGGUUAUAAAGAAGAAGAAUUCAGCUGGACAAACUACCUGAAGUUAACAAAGGCUCAGGCAGCUCCUAAGCACCUCUUCUUGGUCCGAAACACUCAUGAGGCUUCUCCAGGCUUCAAGGUGGGCAUGAAGCUCGAAGCUGUGGACCGCAUGAACCCUUCCCUGAUCUGUGUUGCCACCGUGACUGACGUGGUGGACAAUCGCUUUUUGGUGCACUUUGACAACUGGGAUGAUACUUACGACUACUGGUGUGACCCCAGCAGCCCAUACAUCCACCCAGUUGGAUGGUGCCAUGAGCAUGGCAAACCCCUCACACCUCCUCAAGAUUAUCCUGACCCUGACAACUUCACCUGGGAAAAGUACUUGAAGGAAACUGGAGCAUCUGCUGUCCCAGCUUGGGCCUUUAAAGUGCGCCCACCCCAUGGCUUCCUAGUCAACAUGAAGCUGGAAGCAGUGGACAGGAGGACUCCUUCGUUCAUCCGAGUGGCCAGUGUGGAGGAUGUGGAAGAUCACAGGAUAAAGAUCCAUUUUGAUGGCUGGAGCCACAUCUAUGAUUUCUGGAUUGAUGCGGAUCAUCCAGACAUCCACCCCAUAGGCUGGUGUUCAAAAACGGGACAUCCACUGCAGCCUCCUCUCAGGCCAAAGGAAUCAGCCUCCUCUGCCCAUGCGGGUUGCCCAACCCUGGGCUGCAAGAGCAUCCCUCACACCAAGAGCUCAAAGUACAGCUUUCACCACAGGAAGUGCCCCACGCCAGGCUGUGAUGGGUCAGGACACGUGACGGGGAGAUUCACGGCCCAUUACUGCCUCUCAGGGUGCCCGCUGGCAGAGAAGAACCAGGGCAGGCUGAAGGCUGACUUGUCUGACACUGAGGCCUCAACUCGCAAGAGGAACCUGAUGGGUUUCCCUCAGCGAAAGAAAUCUCGGCACCAUGGGAGAGGGAGACCUCCAAAGUACCGGAAGAUCCAGCAGGAAGACUUCCAGACUAUUUCUUCAGACAACAUGCACCAGUCUCUCUUCAUGUCUGCCCUGUCUGCCCACCCCGACCGCUCCCUGUCCCUGUGCUGGGAGCAGCACUGCAAGCUGCUGCCAGGGGUGGCUGGCAUCACAGCAGCCGCGGUGGCCAAGUGGACCAUUGAUGAGGUGUUUAGCUUUGUUCAGACUCUGACGGGCUGUGAGGACCAAGCCAAGCUCUUCAAGGAUGAGAUGAUCGAUGGCGAGGCAUUCCUUUUGCUGACGCAGGCUGACAUAGUCAAGAUUAUGAGUGUCAAGCUGGGCCCGGCACUCAAGAUCUACAAUGCCAUCCUCAUGUUCAAGAAUGCUGAUGACACCUUAAAGUGACUUUUCUUGGCCCGAUCAGGACCCUCCCUCAGCAUCGGUGCUGCCAAAGUGUCUGGUCAGGACAGAGAUUCCCCCAACCGACCGUAGCUUGUCAUGUCUGCUCAUGUCCUUUCAGAUGCCACAUCUCUGCUCUCUCACCAUUCCCUCUCCCAUCUUCUUCCCUCCACACUGCCCUUCUCUUUCAGUGCUGGGUACAGGCUGACCCCAGGCCCUGGGGGUGGCUGCAGGGAUGGAGGGUGGAUGUGGGACUGGCCUAUCUUAGCAGCAUAGAUGUCCCCAUGUCCUGCUGUGACUGCACUGGUUCAGGGGGUGUUGAGGGAAUGAGGGAGCAUUGUGGAGGGUGUAACAGCUGGGGACUGAAACCACUACUCCACUCACCUAGAUGUGGGAAGGGACUGACUGCCUGCAUCUGUGCUCAACCAUUGAAGGGCUGUUCUUGCCUUUGCUCAGCAGCUGAGAAAGAUUUGGGUUUUUUCCCUUACUGUGAUCCUGUGGCGGGGCUUGUGCUGACACCAUUUCCAAGGGACGCUCCCAAGGAGCUUCUCCUCAUUUUGCCUUUUUUUCUGAAUUCUUUUCACUUUUUAAGGCCAGAUGAUGACUUUGCUUUGCCCCUUCGCUACACUGGAAAGCAGCGACCAUCUCUUGCCCCUUCAGAAAUCAGGUGUCCUGGCUGCUGCUCUGCCCACGACUAGCGCCUGUGCUCUGUUCCUCUCUCCUGUAAUGCAGCAGCCUCAGGACCCUGUGGGGCCAGAGCUGGCUGGGGACAGAACAGACUCUGUUUCUUCUUGAGCUUCAGACUGUUUUGUCCAGCACUUCUCCAGAAGAAAGGAUGCUUGGAUAACUUGUUCCCCUCACAGCAAUUAAAGAAUCCUCUGAAAAGGAGAGUUGAACCCUCUUUGGUUCAUGUAUUAGGAGCAAGGUGCUCUAGAGUGGAGACAACUGCCAGGGACAAGAUGCGUCCAUUGCUCCAUAGGCAGAUCCGCAGUCGCCUCUGAAGGUAUUCCUGAGUUGGCUGACUCAAGCUGCCAAGCUGCCUUGUCUCAUUUUUUACCCUCACAAGGCAGUCAGGUUUUGCUGUCUGAAGAGCUGGAUCCUCUGUUGUCCCUGGAUCCCUUACCUGCAGAGCUAAGAGAAACCCAGAACUUAACUGAUUUGUUUCUGUCCUUUUUGGAACGUAGCACCUUUUCAACAAGGGCACAAGCACUUUGGGAAUGCUUAGGUAGUGCUGUCCCUUUUAAUUUCCAUUAAAAGAGAGACCAAAAGGGCUAGGGCUGCAAAGCCAGGGAAGCCAACAUGCCUGUGGGUCCUCGAAGAGUCCCUGUGCCUCCUGGCAGCACCCAUGCUACUCUCCAUGAUCUGUCAUCCUGUGUGUGCCCACUGUGGGAGCCAUUGGAGCAGUGCAGUGCUGGAGGACGGCCACCUUCCCACAAGCUCUCCAUAGUCUGCAGCAAUGUGAUCCCAGUCCCAUGGUCAUUUUCUUUCCCCUUCCCAAGAAUGACAUAUCAGUAGCAAAACAAUCUCCCCCUUUCCCAGUCCUCAAAGGCAGGGAUGAAGAGAUGUGAGCAAGUGUACCAGCAAGAUGUCCUGGAGCAGCACUGCCUUGCAAGCCACUGUCACACCUGGGUCAACCUGUUCAAGGCUUCCUAUGGAAAUGUAGCAUUUUGACUCUUUGUUAUUGAAUAUUUGGGGUCACAUUUGACCUGCUCUUGAAACGUCUGCCACUUGCUUUUCACGCAGGACUUGCAACUGGUCCAUGUCUUUGUUUUGUCAAGGCUUGCGUUUGAUUUAGGCAGCUUUCCCUCUCUUUUCCUUAUUUAUAUCUUUCCAUCUCUUCAAGCACUGCAGUGUGGCAAGCUGUGGAGAGAGGGACUGGUAAGGAACAGCUAUGCCCCUGGUUCCCACAGUCGCUCCCCACAACACCCUUGGUCUGCAGUAAUGGUCCUGAAGUUGAUCUCUUCAUCUGAUGGAGAGUCUCUUUCUGCACCACUGUGUGCUGGGGAAGAAGAGGAGUAGCCCUGGGACCUUCAGCUGUGAGACUGCUAACGAUGCUGAGACCUCUCCAGGUGUGCUCAGGCACGAGAGGCACUGGACAUGGCUAUUGAGUUUACAAGGAAAUAUGAAAGCAUCCUGUUUUCGUCUUCUCCAUUCCCAUGUGUGAAGUUAUUCCUUCUGUUGGGGAAGGGACUAAGCACCAUCCCAGGGUGCUGGGAGACGAGCUGCUACUCAGGCAUCAGAUCUGAAACUACUGUGAAGGAUGGAGAGCCUUGUGUCUCACAGGGCUGCCUGGGCCUAGCAGAGGUGGUUGGAAGCUUAGAAGGUCCUGAUGAAGGGGAAUAGGAGGCAUGAGCCAAGCCCUGGCUGGACCACAAGUCUGAGUACAACCAGCACCACCGGCUCUUGCUCCACUGUCGGGUGCAAUCAAGCCGUGCUCUGCCUGGGCACCAGAAAACAGGCAGAGCUGCAUCUCCACACUGUGCCAGCCAUGGCACUGCCUGACCUGGGCCCUCCUCACCUCCCGUGAGACAGCAGACACAAACUGAACAGGAUUGCCAGGGUGCUGCCGCUUGGCUGGGGGGCUCUGGCUGCACAGCUGGAGCCCAGGUCUCCACUAGGUCUGAGCUCUGCACAGGGAGCAGCUGUCAGGAACACCAGCCCCACAAGAAGGAUGAUGAGAGAUGUGAGGGUCUGUGUCACACACCUGCGGAAUUGAGCAUCACUUCAUCAGCCUCUUAGGCUCACUCAGCUGUUGGGGUACAAAGCUGUUGGAUUCAUCUGGGUGAGGGAGUUACAGGUGGUCAAGGGCUGUUUACUGUUAAAACUUAUAACCUUCUUGUGUCCUUUAAAACUAAACCAAAAGGAUCGUGUGCGUAUAUGUGGAUGGGUGUUCAUGGGAGUACCAUGACACCAUUCCCCCACUGUUGGUGUGUCACUGUUCAGGGUGGUGGUCUCUGUGGCUGUAAAGGCAGCAGAUGCCUGUCACAGGAUCUCAGGUGAUGUGUCCUUCAUGAGCAGUUGUCCCUGGUCCACAGGGAAGCCAGAAGAACGAAGGUUUGCUGUACCCCUGGCCUUGGCAAGUCCUCCAUCCCCAUAGAGUGGGAGUCCCCUAUCAGCAACCAUCAAGGACAGCUGUGACCAAGGCAGAAGCACUAAAGUUGUUUGUCCUUCCCCUGUUGCCUGACCAGAUUGCUCACAGGGAUGUUCACUGAUGAGUCACUAAGAAGCCAGAGGGGAAAGUGGGGCUGCAUCUGGCCCACAAGUUCCUCUCUGGGACUUUUCUGAGAGAUGUGACUGCAGCCAAAAUUUCUAAGUCAAUGAAGUCAAUUUUUGAAGUCAAAUGGUUUUUUGACUGGAGGCUCCCAAGCCUAUGUUUCUGCCAUUCCUGCCCCUGCAACUGGUGUUGGCAGGGCUUAGGUGGAGCCAUGGAAGAGAUCCUACCACAUGCACCAGCCUCGGGCAUGGAAUGUCUUUUGUGGGGGCUGAUCUGUGGCUGAUUCUGGGUGCAUGAGAGCAGUUGGAGCCUCUUGGAAAAGUGUUUCUCCCUCCUCAUGGGAAUAGGCAGAAUUGGCACACUACGAGCCCAAGUCUCUGUUUCCAUGAGAGCAGGCAGCCUGAAGUUCAGCAGGCUGAAGCUUUGUGUCUGUCCUGCCAGAGCACAGCUGCCUACCCCUACCUUCCUCUGCUGAUUUCCAUGGCGAUCACUAGCACUUUUAGAAAAGAGAAAACCCUCCAAAUUGUCCAGGAGGGUCGAGGGCUUAGGGCAGCUGCUGUCUGCAGAGGCACAUUUGGGGCCAUGAGUGCAGUGAGUGCAUUGGAGAAGAGGAGGGAGCUGAGAGAGGGAUGUGACUUGGCCACUCCCGUUCCUUACUCCUCAGCUUUCAGGAGAGAACUCCUCAGGUGAGCAGAGGGAAAGACAAGAGGGCUGUAGCCAGGCUCCCUUCUUCCAGCCCAGACUUUCCCUCUGGGACCUGAGCCUUCCUUUGUCCUUGGAGGGGAAAAUGGGGAGCAUAUUGUGGAAAGAGUGUGAUUAUGAUAACAAAAGCUUUUUGCACUUUCAUUCAUUUUGCACUCUUUUUUUAAUUUCUUUUUUUCUGCGUUUUUUUUAUAUCGGUGCCUCCUUUCUGUGUUUUCAUAACAAAAAUCCUUUUGUUGUACUCAGUGCAGCUAUUCCAGAACUGUGUGUCCUGAGCGUACAGAGUUUUAAAGGCCCUAUAUAUAUAAAUUUAUAGGGGUGCAAAAGUAAAUUUAUAUAUAUAGAUGAUGGUGUGAUGUGUUUCGUCAGUGUUUUAAAAUAAUAAACGAAUGUGAGAAAUGGA